GUAUCUUAAUGACGAAAAAUUAGGCGAAAGGGAAAAAAGCGACUGAAACUCACUUUAUCGCAAACGUACAAAAACCUUUUUUUCCAUUAAAAAAGGACAAUUCCUUGUAAAAAUGUUUAAACGAAUUAAUCAGGCCGUAAUUCAUUUGCAAUCUAACUACAGUACGCUUGCCAAUAGCUCGAAUGAGAAAUUAGUUAGACAUGUGCCUGUACUUUGUGAGCAAGCAAUUAACUAUCUUAACCCAGGCCCACAGAAGGUUUUUAUUGACAUGACCUUUGGUGCUGGUGGUCACACUAAACAGUUAUUAAAUGCACAUCACACUAUUAAAGUGUUCGCUCUGGACCGUGACCCCGUCUCAUAUGAACUUGCUCGUUGUGCAAGUAAAGAAUAUCCAAAUAGACUGAUACCACUGCUGGGAAAAUUCUCUGAGUUACCAAUGCUUUUAAAAGAGCAUAAUGUUAAAAAACACUCAAUAGAUGGAAUUCUUUUUGAUUUCGGUUGCUCAUCAAUGCAAUUUGAUGAAGCUGAGCGCGGGUUUUCUGUUUCAAAAAAUGGUCCUUUGGAUAUGCGUAUGAGUCGAGUAUCUAAUAGUGAAGAAGUCACAGCGGCAGACAUCCUGGCAAGUGCUGAAGAAGAUGACUUGGUAAAAAUUUUACGUGUCUACGGUGAAGAAAAAGGAGCAAAAAAAAUUGCACGAGCAAUCGUAGAAGCGCGCUCGGCAUUUCAUAAGAUUGAAACCACAAAGCAGCUAGCAGAUUUGGUAGCCUCAUGUCUUCAGAGCACACAUCGAAUGGACAAAAUUCAACGAUCCACACAUAUAGCGACAAAAACAUUUCAGGCUUUGCGCAUAUUUGUUAAUAAUGAGUUAAAUGAGAUCAAUUAUGGAAUGAUUUUAGCCGAAGAAUAUUUACGAUACGAGGGCCGGCUAGUCGCAAUUACAUUUCACUCUUUAGAGGACACUAUAGUGAAACGCCAUAUAAAUGGCAAUGUAAUAGAGGGUUUGGCCAAUCCCGUGCCUUUGAAGUAUUGUGGACAUGAUGUGACUCAUGACAAGGAACUGAUUGAUUCGUUUGUAGGAUCCAGUUGGAAACAGCUACACAAACAUGUUAUCCUACCCAGCGAAGAAGAAGUUGCUAGAAACAGCAGAAGUCGAUCAGCUAAACUUCGCGCAGCAAUUAAAAUAAAUGACCACCUUUAGUGUGUAGUAUGUAUAUAAAUAUAUGUAUAAUAUUUAUAACUAUUUACAUACAUAUAUUUCAUUAGUUUCCAGAAAAUAUAAUAAUAACCUUUAUAAACUGAUACAAUUACUUUAACUUAAAUUAAUAAAAAAAAUACCAGAUUUUUGAAUUAACUGUUUUCCUGAACAUGUAAAAUAUAAAA